ACAUCGAUGUUCAUUGCUUGAACAUCGCUGUUUAGGCCUGACUUUGAAAGUGAAAGAAAUGGCCUGACAUCGCUGUUGCUGGGUCAACAGCGCUGUCCAAAAACUUUCUGCCAAUGUGUUUGUUUUUGGCUUAGGUUGGACAACGAUGUAGGGUAGGCUACAUCGCUGUUCCAGAUGUUUCUGGAAACCCAACCUUGGCUCAACAGCGAUCUAACAUCAACAUCGUUGUUGGAAGACUUAACGCCAAACCAUGGUUUUCAGCUUCCCAUGCCAGACAACGCUGUUGGUUUCACCAACAUUGCUGUUGGGCUGGCCAACAGUGGUGGUUACCUUGAACCGUUCAAGGAUGUCCAUCACCACGAACGAGUACGGGAGGAGGUGAUCGUGGUCGGUGGACGCGGCGACCGACAUGUUGAUCAUGACAAACUUUACCCAAUUGAUCGGGGCCGUGUGCAUGAUCGCGUGGAGAAGCUUGAGGUUCUCACCGGACAUGAUCGUGUGCCCAUGCUUCUGGGGCUUGAUGAUUCGGGACACGAUGUAGAGAAGGAGCCGGCUCUCGGGGUUUGUGGAGUGGAUGGUGGGGGGGCUCGAGGCAUGGCAGAUGAGCUCGGUGAUGCCAAGCUCGUUGAGGAUAAGGCCCUCGUUGUUGAGCACCCAGUCCUCUCCGCCAUAGUGGGAAACAUCGCCACCUUAGUAGGGGAGGCCGGCGAUGCGCCCAGGCUGCUCAACGGAAAGCUCAAUCAGCGUGCUCUUGACAAGAAAGUAGAGCACGUCGUCCUCACACCGGAGGUUGGAGUAGAAGGCCCGGAUCAUCGCCGGGUUGAUCUCCUUCUGAGCCCGGGAGACGAACAGCCAAAGACUGGAUACCCCGUGUCCAGGGUAUCCAUCAUGAGUCCCCAACUUCCCGAGCCGAGAGGAACUCGAGGCGAAGUGGAAGUAAACAAUAAUCCACCACUGAAGGGCACCGUCUUCCUUGCGUCUGGAGUGCACCGCCAACUCGCUAUCCCGAGCACGGUGAAGUAAGGCAAGCAACGCCAUCAGGUCAGAAACGUAAUGCCAAUUCGCUGUUCGGAAUGGCAAAAAGAAACACAUACUCUGCUCAUUGUUUUGAAAUGAUUUGCUCUCGUACAAAGUACAUCUUUGGUUCGCUGUUCAAAGGGCAACAAUCACCAUAAGGGUGGAUGAAUAAGUCGUCAUCCUUCCACCAUCCCGUCAAUGUGUGACCCACUCCACGGGGGAUGCCUCAUUAAAAACUUGCCGAGGAAAAAACCCAUGAGGAUGGGAAAAAAUCCUCAGUCAAGAAAAGAGUACAUCUCGU